GAUCCGGGAAUUAAGAGACUAGUUGAAGAAGUAGCAAAAGAUCCUUCAUUUCUUCAGAUGGCAGAUUUGUUGCUGAAAUCAUUCCAAGGUGCACCUGCUGAUAUGAAUGGGCCUCAGUUUGAUAUGGAGGAAUAUCAUUCUACCAUGGAGCAUGUUAUGCAGAACCCUCAAUUUAUGGACUUCGCUGAAUUUGUUGAAAAUGCAUUAGAGCAGGAUCUACCAAGGUCUCAUAUGCCUGAACAUUUGCUGACUCCACUGAAAAAAUAUCAAAUGGAGGAAACAAUGGCAUCCACAAAGGAGAACCCUUCUUCAGACCCUGUUUUAAAAUUGUCCCAUAUGCCUGUCUUACCAAAAAAAGGAAAGUCCCACAUGUCUGAGCAUUUGCCAACUCCACAGCAAAAAGAUCCAAAGGAGGAAAUAAUAGCACACAUGAAGGAAGUCUCUUUAUUGAAGCCUAUUAUAGGCAUGAUUGAGAGUGGAAAUCCUGCUACCAUGACUAGAUACUGGAAUGACGAAGAUUUUAUGAAGCAGUUUAGUGAAGCCAUGGGUCUAGGGGUUUCUCCUCCGGAAGGUGGAAAUGUUGAUGGAUCUUCUGUUCAUCUUUGUGCCAGAAUCGGGAUUGCGGAGAAGCUUAGAGCUGAACUAGACUCUGGCGGCGAAAAGGAUGCAGAAGACUCUCGGGGAAGAACAGCUUUGCAUUUGGCGUGUGAACACGGCAAUGUCGAUUGUGCUAAAAUCCUUCUUCAGAAUGGAGCACAGGUGGAUGCGUUGGACAUGAAUAGGAACACAGCCCUACAUUAUGCAGUUGGGUAUGGGAGAGAACAGUGUGUAGAGCUCCUACUCGAGAAUGGUGCUGCUGUAACUUUGCAGAACGUGCUACGCAACACUCCUAGCGAUGUUGCAAAGCUCAACAAUCGGCUGGAGGUUCUGAAGUUGCUUGAGGAAAAGGCCUUCCUGUGAUCUGCCAGAUAAGCUCCUAUCACUUGUUACGGGUACCGGGGUGCUAUCAGCAGCACAUCCAUGUUUCAAGAAAUGUUUUUCAUUCGCCUGUUUGAGAUUGCUCAAUGUUUUUACUGUCACUUGAUCUCAUGAGCUGUCAGCGUGGAUACUACUGCCAAGCUGUCGCCGUUUAGCAACACAUGAAUGCCUGUUUUGGUUCUACCGUUUGUUUUAGUAACAGGUGUACUUUAGAUUCUUAUCUAUUCUGUCCCAACAGUGGAACCGUUUAGGUCUUCUGCCAAAUGUGAUGAGCGUUAGAGCUAGGAAUUCCGGAUUGUUCGUAUUACCAGCAUAUAAAGUUCCAUUGUUCUCAAAUCUGAAUGUGGCAUGAACUUGGCCGCAUGAAGUGAUCUUUUAGACC